AUGGGCUUUGGGAGAACUUGCGUUCGCUGCGUUGCAGCCCUCGGACUCACGUCCGCUGUGGCGACGCUAUCUAUCCCGGAAGAUUUCUCGAUCAACACAGCCAACAAGGCCACGCUCAUUAGUUCCAGAGCCGCGGAUGAUGAUCCGACAGAUUUUUCGUGGAUCGAGAACUGGGCUGCAAUAGGUGACAGCUUCACAGCCGGCAUCGGCUCGGGAAACCAGCUGGGUAACUCCAUCACGCUGGACGAGGCGUGGAAGUGCUCGAGGUACGACUACUCAUGGGCCAAGAUCGUCGACAACGCCAUGGGAUCCAGCGUCAAGAACUUCCAGUUCGAAGCCUGCAGCGGCAACAGGACGGCGGACGUCUACAACCAGGUCGACGAGCUCCGCACCGGCCUCGACGUGGUCAUGAUGACGGCCGGCGGCAACGAUCUCUGCCUGGGCGCCAUGAUCAAGACGUGCGAGAACAUCGAGACCAUCCUCAAAGACAACAUCCGGCAGGUCCUCGACAAACUUAACGGCAAAAUCAAAAAGGACGGCGCCCUCGUGUACUCGGGCUACGCGCCCUUCUUCAACACGGAGAACGAGGACUGCGCAGACCCGGACAAGCAGAACUGGGCCCUCAAGGCCUGGCGGUGGUGGCAGUUCUGGAACUGGCUCAACUCCUCGCUCAAGCUGACCGUCGACCGCCGCAAGAAGUUCAACACGCUCGUUGACAACAUCAACAAGGCCAUUUCCGAGGUCGUCGAAGACUGGCCCGGUAUUGUGGAUGGUCAGUUCUGCUCGCCCAAAUCGACAGGCGUCUAUCCGGAUCCCAAGCAGCCCGAUCUGCUCUUCAUCAAGUUCGACACGUCCGUCAGCAAGAUACCGCCUCACGACGAGACCAAGCGCCGCCGAGACCUCGUCAGCGGCAACGGCAGCGUCGCCAUCGGUGCCGUCGAGGUCGACUCCGCCGCGAGCCCCUCGGAACAACCCGAACAAGUCGCGGACGACUCCCAGGAGAUGAAGCGACACCUCGAAGACUACCAGAACCAACUCCGCGGCCGUCUCACCCGCAAACACAUCUACGACUCCCUCCUCUGGAACUCGCCCAACCCGGGCGCCGAGGCCCUGCACAAGCUCGACGCCCGCGCCCCCGCGGCCCCGGGCUGCCCCGGCGACAGCCUCCCCGGCGUGCCGCUCGGCCUCGGCCUUCCCGACUCCUUCCUGAGCAUCUUCCACCCCAACAAGCAGGGCCACGAGGCCAUGGCGGCCUACGCGCUGCAGAACCUGGUCCUCCUGCGGGCGGACAUCCUGGGCAUCGACGACGGGUUGUGUUCGCAGACGCGGGACGAGUUCACGUGCUGGCAGAAGGAGGGGAAGAGGGCUUUUGUGGAGUUCAAGCUGGUUGAUGAGAAUUACAAGGACUUUUGUAACGACGUCAAGCCGCCGGGCAACACGAUCAACUGGAAGUGGGAGAAGACGUAUUAUGCGGAUACGCCUGACGAGCACACCAUCUCGCUGGAGCUGUUCGAUGGCGCGUCUGAGUUCGACAAGAAUUUAUGUCUUGAGUCGUUGGAUCGGAUCAUCAAUAGCUGUGAUGGGAAUGACCCCAAGAACCCGCUGAACUUCAAGUACGGCGGGCGCUGGGUCCGCGGGAACUACAACUACCAUAUCAAUCCCAAAAAGGACCGCACGAUGAUCACCAAAAGGGACGGGACGUGCCGCGGCUGGUGGAAGUUCUUCUUCGUGUCGUACCGGGUCUACGGGCGCGGGUGGGCCGGGCACGACUACGGGCAGAAGACGCUGCUCAAGGCGAUGCGGGACUGCGGGUCGGCGGUCACGGGGUGGAAGUUCGAGUACUGCAACGACGGGUGCGGCAAGGACAACAGUGAUUUCGAGUGGAAGGCCGAGUUCAACUUGCCCGUGUAUGGCGGCGCCGCGUGCAUGAAGAACAACUGGGUUCCGAGGAGGGGGGGGGCUGAGUGGUAUAGCCGCAAAAAGCCCCGAAAGAUUGCUCCUAAACGUGAGUGGCCCUCGAACCCUGCGAUCCCGACCCCGUCCAGUCUCGAGGUGGACUCUAACUUCUCGAUGUACAGCAUGGACUACACCCCAUCAUCGUCUCCGCAACAUCAGGGAGCUUAUACCUACACAAGCCCCGACGACCCAGGAGGACUAUCUGACCAGCAGUAUAUGAACGACUACGACUACCCUCUCGAGGAGGCUGUUGACCCUUCUGCAUACUACGCGGCACCACCAACCACCAACUAUCAAUACGCUGAUUACCCGUCUUACACUUCCGAAACCGCACCGUUGGGACCGCGACACCUCAAGACGCACGACAAGCCCUACAAAUGCACGGCCGAUGAGUUUUGCGACAAGCAAUUCGCCGACAAGAAAGACCUCGACAGGCACAUACGGUCCACUCACCAACCGAGUCAGAGCAGCUUGGGUGUUGCAGAGGAGAGAGUGACGUGCCCUGAUUGUGGCAAAGAGUACACCAGGAGGGACAACUACGUGCGCCACAAAAGCAAGAAUCGUUGCAACCCACGUUAA